AUGGAGAAGAUCACGGACAAGAUCGCCGCCUUGCCGGCCGACGCGAACUACUUCUCGCUCGAGUUCUUCCCGCCCAAAACGGCUAUGGGCUUCUCGAACCUGCGCGACCGCCUGGACAGAAUGGCGAGGGCCCUGCGCCCGUUGUUUGUCAACGUGACCUGGGGCGCCGGCGGCUCUACCGCUACCAAGUCUCUCGAGCUCGCCGAAAUCUGCCAGCGGGAACUGAACCUGACGACCUGUCUGCACCUGACAUGCACCAACAUGAGCCGCAAGAUGAUCGAUGGCGCACUGGAGGACGCGAAGGCCCUGGGCAUACGGAACAUACUCGCGCUGCGCGGUGACCCUCCGCGAGCGCGAGAGUAUCAAGACCCCAACGAAGACCCCGAAAAUGCUAUCGACGAGGGCUUCGUGUGGGCCAUCGACCUGGUCCAGUAUAUCAGGAAGAACCACGGAGACUACUUCUGCAUUGGAGUGGCUGCAUACCCCGAGGGCCACUCGGACGAAAGCCACCCCUUGGGCCAGAGCUUGGAGCAUGAUCUGCCUUAUCUGGUCGAGAAGACGCAGGCAGGCGCCGACUUCAUCAUGACCCAGCUCUUCUUCGACACGGGCGCCUACGACAACUUUGAACGCGUGCUUCGGGAGCACCCCAGCGGUGCCUUCAAGACGAUUCCCAUAAUACCUGGCUUGAUGCCGAUCCAGAGCUACCAGAUGAUCAAGCGGACGACCAAGCUCAGCCACGCCAAGAUACCCGACUCCCUGAUGUCGCGGCUGGAUGCCGUCAAGAAGGAUGACGAGAAGGUCAAGAGUGUCGGUGUUGACAUUCUGAGCGAGAUAGUCGAGCAGGUCAAGGAGGUCAAGAGCAGGACGCCUGGCCCCAAGGGUUUCCAUUUCUACACCUUGAACCUGGAGAAGGCCGUUUCGUUCAUCGUCGAGAGGACCGAGCUCAUCCCGCCCGGCACCCCUGACAUAGAGGAAGAGGCUGUCAUCGACGAUAUCACGUCCACCAUCCCAGCCGUUCAGAUCAACGGCUCCAACGGGUCGCCCUACGAUACCCCCUUGGCUUCGCUUAGGAACAGCUCGAGGAGGCAUUCGUCUAUCGCCUCGGACCCCCGAAACCGCGUCAUCAUCACCGGCCGAACCCCUUCCCACCCCGAAUAUGAGUCGAGUGCGGCGGAGGCGAGCGUACCCGCGGAGCCGAUAAAUACGAGAGCCAACACAUUGGCCAUUUCUGAAGGAGAGGGUGUUUUGGGCCGGGAGGCCACCUGGGAUGACUUCCCCAAUGGCAGAUGGGGUGAUGCGAGAUCUCCCGCCUAUGGUGAAAUCGACGGAUACGGCCCGACCUUGCACGUGUCCAACGCGCAGGCGCUGAGCCUCUGGGGACACCCGCAGAAGCUAGACGACGUCAGCCAGCUGUUUGUCAGGCACCUCAAGGGCGAACUGUCGGCGAUUCCCUGGAGCGAGGAGGAGUUCAACGCAGAGACCGACACCAUUACGCCUCAGCUCGUGAAGCUGAACUCCAAGGGCUGGUGGACCGUCGCCUCCCAACCCGCCGUGAACGGCCUGCCGUCGUCGGAUCCCACGUUCGGCUGGGGCCCGCAGCAGGGCUUCGUCUUCCAGAAGGCGUUUGUCGAGUUCUUCGUGCCGUCGGCCGAGUGGAAGGUGCUGCUGGAGAAGCUGCAGAGCGCCGACGUCCAGGACACGGUGUGCUUCUACGCGGCCAACGCGGCGGGCGACUUUGUGUCGUCGGACAUGACGGGCGGCCUGGCCGGCGAGGCCAAGGAGGCCAGCACCAACGCCGUCACCUGGGGCGUCUUCCCCGGCAAGGAGAUCAUCACCCCCACCAUCAUCGAGGAGAUGAGCUUCCGCGCCUGGAGCGACGAGGCCUUCGGCAUCUACGCCGAGUGGGCCAAGGUCUACGACAAGGGCACCGACAGCGCCCGCCUCCUCGAGCGCGCCCGCGACGACGCCUGGCUCGUCAACAUCAUACACCACGACUACGUCGACCCCAACGCCCUGUGGGAUCUGCUGCUGAAGUAG